AUGCCUCCCAAGAAGCAGCAAGUUCAAGAAAAGGUUCACCUGGGCCGUCCAGGAAACAACCUGAAGAGUGGUAUCGUUGGUCUUGCCAACGUCGGCAAGUCGACACUCUUCCAGUCCAUUACCAAGUCCUCCUUGGGUAACCCGGCCAACUUCCCCUAUGCCACCAUUGACCCCGAGGAGGCCCGUGUUAUUGUCCCCGAUGACCGGUUCGAUUGGCUCUGCGACCACUACAAGCCCAAGUCUAAGGUUCCCGCCAACUUGACUGUGUAUGAUAUUGCCGGUCUGACCCGCGGUGCCUCUACUGGUGCUGGUCUUGGUAACUCUUUCUUGUCCCACAUUCGCGCUGUCGAUGCCAUCUUCCAGGUGGUUCGCUGCUUCGAUGAUGCCGAGAUUAUUCACGUCGAGGGUGAUGUCAACCCUACCCGUGACUUGGACAUUAUCAGCGAGGAGCUGCGCAUCAAGGAUAUCGAGUUCGUCGAGAAGGCCCUCGACGCCCUCAAGAAGCAGACCCGCCGUGGCGGUCAGUCUCUUGAGAUGAAGAAGCUCAAGGAAGAGGAGGCCACCACUGCCGAGAUCCUGGAGUACCUCCAGUCCGGCAAGGAUGUCCGUUCCCGUGAAUGGAGCCCCAAGGAGGUACGUUUUGAAAAUUUUUCUUUUCUUUCCACCAGCCCCACCUCCUACCCUGAUGAAUAA